CACUUUGCGGCAAUAACGCCCCGGUAUAUCCCGACACCCUUUGCGGCAGCAGUGCCCCGGUGUAUCCCGGCGUGCCCCGCGCCCCUCACGGCCGCCAUGGCGCAGGGCCGGCCCAAGGCCGCGGCCAAGCGUCCCAAGGCGGCGGCGGCUGCGGCUGCGGCGGCCCGGGGCGCUCGGGGCCCGCGGAAAGGAGGCCGCACCAUCGCCCCCAAGAAGCUCCGCGUGAUCCAGCAGCAGAAGCUGAAGAAGCGCCUGGAGGUCGGGAUCCGGAUGCGGAUCGAGCGGGAGACCGUGCAGCGGGCGCAGGGCGGGCUCCCCAAGAAGCUGGCGCUGCUCACGGCGCCCAAGGCCGGCAAGGACAAAGCCAAGAAGGGCCGCGGCUGAGACCCCCCAAAAAACCCCCGGGAACGACCCCCGAACCCCUUCUGGGGGGGAUCUGGGGAAAUGCAACCCCCCGGUUUGGGGUUGUCCGGGCUCUUCUCAGCCCCCCUCAGGUUUUUAAUAAAAGGGAUUUAUGUCCUGCCCAC